GGCGCCGGUUCCGAUGGACCAAGCCUGGUCGCGCCGCCGCGCAGCAGCAGCGGCCUUCAGCAGCCAGACCCAGGAGUUCUCCGGCGGGGAGCGCAGCGCCUCCGGAGACGGCGACGCGCCGCCGACGGAUUUUACGCAGAGACCACCGCGGCGCUUGGAGUCCACGCCCCGACCCACAUCUGGACUUGUCACGGCGGCUGGACCUUCCACGGCGGCUAACACCGAAAGAGAUGUGGGUGGCAUCCAAACUCCGAGUGUGGAGCGCAGACGAACUGGACCGGAAGCGGCACCUUCCAGACUGUCCAGCAACGUCAUCGACAUCCACUACACCCAACAGCGGACCGAUCCGGAAGGGAGCGACUCUCAGGAUCCGCAUAGUCCAUCUAGGAACUCCGUUUUUUAUAACGUCUACCCUCCAGACCGAAGGAACGGAACCCCUACAAGACCAGUUCUACCAGGACCGGGCCAUGGCACCAGGUUCUUCUCGCACGGUCUCCCGGACUUGGUCCCGGACCCGUACUACAUCCAAGCCGCGUCUUACAUCCAGAGAGUGCAGAUGUACGCUCUGCGCUGUGCUGCCGAGGAGAACUGCCUGUCCAGGUCUGCCUACCGGCCAGGUGUGAGUGAGCUGGACUACAGAGUUCUUCUGAGGUUCCCCCAGCGUGUGAAGAACCAAGGAACAGCAGACUUCCUCCCCAUGAAGCCCAGACACCAGUGGGAGUGGCACAGCUGUCAUCAGCACUACCACAGCAUGGAGGCCUUCAGCAACUACGAGCUGCUGGAUCCCUCCACCGGACGCAAAGUGUCCGAGGGACACAAGGCCAGUUUCUGCCUGGAGGACACGUCAUGUGACCGCGGCGUACGAAGACGCUUUGCGUGCACCGCUCACACACAGGGUCUCAGUCCUAGUUGCUACGAUACCUACCACGCCAACAUCGACUGCCAGUGGAUCGACAUCACCGACGUGCCACCGGGGAACUACACACUGCAGGUGACAGUGAACCCAAAUCAGCUGGUUCAGGAGUCAGAUUUCUCCAACAACGUGGCCCGGUGUGACAUCCGGUACACGGGAAACCACGUGCAAGCCAGGAACUGCAGGGUUACCAAGAGCUGACCUGAAGGACCUCACCUGAUCUUCAUGCUGCAGACAUUCUGACCUUAUUUGUGUACGUGAUCAAGAAAAGUGUAUUUUUGCUGUGGGAUCAUCACAUGACUUACCUUGUGAGUGAAUGGAAGAAAAACUCUUCUUUUGCAUGUAAUAUUUAAUUUUUUUUUUUUUAAGGUUUUCUUUGACACAAUUUAUAUUUAUAGAAGUGCAUUUUAAUAUA